CAUCCUCAGUCCAGCGGAGCCGCGGGAAAAGCCAGGCCCGACAUGACAGCCUCGGCACGGGAUAAGAAAGCCCGCCAUCAGCCGUGGGUGACCGUCCGGCCGGAGGCGGUGUGGGCUGCGUGUCGCUACGCCGUGCUGGCCGCCCUGUGCGCCCUGUGCUACAGCAACUCUCUCCGCGGGGAGUUGGUGCACGACGAUGUGUGGGCUAUCAUCAACAACCCGGACGUCCGACCCGGCUCCAGCCUCAGAAAUAUCUUCAGCAACGACUUCUGGGGCAAGAGGAUGGCGGACAAUACGAGCCACAAGUCCUACAGACCGCUGUGCAUCCUCACCUUCAAGUUGAACAUCCUGCUGCACGGCAUGACGCCUCUCUAUUUCCACGUCGUCAACGUGUGUUUGCACUGCGCCGUAACCUGCCUGCUCAUGCACACGUGUGAACGCUGUGCGUUCGAGGACCCGCGCCUGGCCUUCGCCGCGGCACUCCUCUUCUCCGUGCACCCCGUCCACACCGAGGCCGUGUCUGGUAUCGUGGGCAGGGCUGACGUCUUGGCCUGUCUGCUGUUCUUACUGACCUUCCUCUCAUAUAUCAGGAGCGUGGGAGUGUCUGUCUCUGACGACUCGCUGCCCUCCACGGUGUCGACGUCGUGUCUGCUUGUCAGCUUGCUGCUGGGCACCUGCGCCAUGCUGGUCAAGGAGACGGGCAUCACCGUGUUCGGAGUGUGCAUGCUCUACGACGCCCUGGUGCUCUGCCGCAAGCCUCUCAUCUACCACCUGUCUGACUCCAGACUCGGGGACCUCCUUCACAUCUGCAGCCCCUUCAUCAAACGAGCCUGCCUCCUCUCUGGCUAUGUGGUGAUCAUCAUGUCGGUCCGGCUGUGGCUGAUGGGAGGAUCCAUGCCUCUCUUCUCUGAACAGGACAACCCCGCCUCCUUCUCACCUCACCUGCUUACCAGGAUUUUGACCUAUUCCUACCUGCUGUCCUUCAACGCCUGGCUGCUGCUGGCCCCCAUCGUGCUGUGCUACGACUGGCAGGUGGGGAGCAUUCCCCUGGUGGAGUCGCCGGGCGACGUGCGGAAUGUGGCCACCGUGCUGCUGGCCGUGGUGAUGGUCGCUCUCUGCCUGCGCUGCAUCUUCUCCCUGCAGAGACAGGAGAGCAGGGUGGUGUUGGUGGGGUUGCUGUUCCUGGUGUUUCCCUUCAUUCCUGCCAGUAACCUUUUCUUCAGGGUGGGAUUCGUCGUAGCCGAGAGGGUUCUCUAUAUGCCGAGCAUGGGUUACUGCAUCCUGGUGGCUCACGGCCUGGGUCGGCUGUGCUCGCUGGUGGGCCGUUGGGGCACCACAGUCCUCAGCGUCUCCAUGCUGCUGCUGCUCCUGCUCUUCUCCUGGAAGACUGUCCAGCAGAACCACGUCUGGCUCUCGAGGGAGGCCCUCUUCAGCUCUGGUAUCCAGACUCUGCCUCACAAUGCCAAAGUCCACUACAACUACGCCAACUUCCUGAAAGACAGCGGCCGGCACCGGGAGGCCAUUCACCACUACACCACUGCCCUCAGGUUAUACCCCCGCCAUGCCAGCGCCAUGAACAAUCUUGGCACUCUGACUCGCAGCCCAGAGGAGGCCGAGCGCUACUACAGGAAAGCACUGGACACCAACCCUCAGCAUAACCGAGCUCUGUUUAACCUGGGAAACCUCCUCAAGUCUCAGGGGAAGGUGAACGAGGCCGUGACUCUGCUGAAGGACUCCAUACGCUUCGGCCCACAUUUUGCUGAUGCUUACUCCAGUCUGGCGUCACUCUAUGCUGAGCAGAAACGUUUUGCUGAAGCCAAUGAAGUGUAUCUGAAAGGUAUAGAGAACUGUCCCGACAGCUCCGACCUGCAUAAUAACUAUGGAGUGUUUCUGGUGGAUACAGGAAAGGGGAUGCAGGCAGCCGCUCACUACCAGCAAGCUGUCAGACUCAAGCCGGCACAUUACGUCGCCAUGGUAAACCUGGGGCGCCUGCUCCGGUCAUCCAAUGAGAACAAAGAAGCUGAGUCUUGGUACAAGAGGGCGCUGCAGGUGACGAGGAAGGUCGACAUCCUGACUCCGCUCGGAGCUCUGUACUACAACACAGGUCGCUACGAAGAGGCCCUGCAGGUGUACAGAGAGGCUGCCGGCCUGCAGCCAGACAGCACCGACAUCUGGCUGGCUCUGGCUCAGGUUUUAGCCAUGGCCGGUCGUACCAAAGAGGCAGAGAAGAUGACCCUGGACAUCAUAUCCAGAGAGGGCAGCUGUAUCGAAUGUUACCGCCUCCUGUCUGCCAUCUACAGCAAGCAUGGCAACUACACAGAGGCUCUGGAUGCUUUGGACAGGGCCCUGCAGCAGAAUCCCAGUGAUCUGACAGUGAGAGCAGAGCUGUAUUUCUCCAAAGGAAACCAGCUCCGAGAGAUGAACCAGCUGGACCGAGCCUUCGAGAGCUACAAGCUGGCUGUGGAACUCAAACCCGACCAGUCCCAGGCGUGGAUGAACAUGGGCGGGAUUCAGCACAUUAAGGGAGACUAUGCAGCAGCCAGGAUGUACUACCAGCGAGCCCUGCUUCUGAGCCCUGGUUCCAAACUCCUGAAGGAAAACCUGGCCAAGCUGGACCGACUGGAGAGGAGACUGACAGGGGGGGCGUAGACAACCAUGAUCUACCAGGUGCUGCACCAUCCUGGGCACAGAUCAGGGGAGCGGGGCACCACCCAGCCCUCUGGAGCCCAAGUACCAGCCACCAGGCUGCUGGAUAAAACUGACCUGGUUACUAAGAUGACCUGCCUGUGUUUGAGCAGAGGAGGAGGGUCAGGACCCAGUGUUCUGGGGUCAAGGAGACUGGUCGAGCCACAGAAGCCUUUCCUGGGGCAAGCAGAAGGGAAUGGCUGGUUGAAGACCACUGGAGGGUCCGUGUAUUGCCCCGGCUACAUCAGCUUUACUUCAACAUGCACAUCUGCUUUAGACAUUUGUGUUUGAUUGAUUUCUUAUUUAGGUUCAUGUGAAGUAAUUUCCUUAUGGCACUUAAUCACAGAUUAUAAUUCAGUCCUCUCUUAGGCAGAGCACACGUUAGUGCAGUGAUAGUGUGUGGAAGUUAUUAUUAUGAAGGAAAUGAGCUUCUUGAGUAGGUGUAACAUAUAAUCUAAGCUCAAAGGCCCACUUACCAGCUCUUCAGAGUUUUCAAGCACAUGUCAAAGUCUUCUUCAUGGUAUGGAGCUUGCUUUGGUUUCUUCAGGUGACCUGACUGGCACCUGGUCACACACAUCAUCAACUUAAGUUUCAACUUAAGUCAUUGACAAGGAGGCAUUGGUCGGCGUCAGAAAAGUCAGGGAGGACAUUCACAUCCAACACCAAACCAGUGGUGGGACAAUGUCGAUGGUUUGCAAGUCACAGGCAGUGUUGAGGAAGCUGCUUUGAUUACCAAGUGAAGACCAAGUCCUAAACUUGAAGCUUCAUGAGCUUUAAUUGUUCAUAUGAUAUGAAUAAAAGUUUAACUUGAACAUUAUGACCGCUGACAUGAUGCAACUACAUUGUUUCUGUCAGGGAAGAUGGGAAUUUAGGGGAACUACGGGUUGAACCCAGAUGCAGACACAAGGGGCGUAAAUAUAAAUUAACACAUUUAUUUAACACAAAGAAAACCAGAGUAAACCAAAACUCAGGGAACUAUGAAUAAAGACACACUAGGGUAAAUGGGUUCACACACAGAGAACGAAGACAACACCGGGAAACAAUGAAUAAACACAAAACACACAAACUCAACGGAGCUAGGGACAAGACUAAGAACAACUAUCGGUGUAUAAAAUAAAGAACAGAAAACGCUCCCGAAGGAGGAAGAAACAAACGGCUAACAAAGACCUUAAGAACUUAACUAACAAAACAACAGAAACAAAAAUCACUCCUGAAAACUCUGAGGAAAAUAACACUACUAAGAAAUAAAAACAAAACCAAAGAACAAUCUAACAAAGAACUGAAAAUCUGCUGUAAU